AUGGCGGGGCUCAAGAGGGUGGGAUCCUCCCUCUCGCUCGCCUCGCCGCACAAGGUGGUGACCCCUCUGGACUGGCCGUGCGUCCUAGCCAUACAGUGCACGAGCAUGAUAUCUAUCCUCUCCACGACGUACGUCUUCAGCACCGCGGUGUUCAUGGUACGGGCGUGGGGCGCGACGGACGAGGCCAAGGCGGCGGCGCACGCGGGCCUGAUGAUCGCCGCGAAGCCCGCUUUCAGCGCGAUAUCGAGUUACUGGUGGGGAAGCGCCGGAGACAGGCUCGGCUUUCGCGGUACAUUACUCGCCUCCUCCGCGGUGACCGCGUGGCUAACCGCGUCUCUGGGCUUGGUCACGUCGUUCCCCGCCGCGAUCUUCGUGCGCGCCCUCUCCGGCCUCUUCGACGGCGUCAUGACCCUGACGCGCUCGUCCAUGGCGAAGAUCAGCGACAAGACCAACUCCGCCAAGGCGUUCAGCACAUUUGGGGUCACGUACGGGCUGGGCAGCACCGUCGGCCCGACGCUCUCCGCGGUGCUCGCGUACCCCUGCGGCGCCGACCCGAACGCGCGGGACCCGUCCAAGGGACUCGUGUUCCCCACUCGGUGCCCGUCGCGGUUUAUGAGGGAGUACCCGUUCGCGCUGAGCAGCGGGUGGGUGCUGGCGGCGGCGGCGUUUUUGUGGGCGUACGCGUACGCGUUUUUGAGAGUCGACAGACACGCUGGCGGCGGGGAGCCUUUGGGCGUCGAGGACGCGGACGUGGAGAAGGCGUCCUACCCGGGUGGGACCCCCGGGGACGUGGAGAUGACUCCCACGAGGGGUGGUGACGGCGUGCGUGGUGGGGUGAGCGUGGGGAGGACCGAGCGCGACGGCGACGGCGAGACUCUCUUGCCGGAGAGGGACGGCGGCGGGGCGGAGGCGUCGGGCGGCGAGUCCGUGGCGCGGGUUCGCUCGGUUCGACCCAAGGUGGAGGAGGAGGAGGAGGAAGAAGAAGAAGAAGAAGAAGAAGAGGCUGGGCCCACGCCGGUGCGCGGGGGUUACGCGCGCGUGUACGACGGGGACGGGGCGGGUGACGCGAGUUCCGCAUCUUCGUGGCGAAGAGAUCCAGUCAUCAGGCGGGCGGUGAUCAACCAGGUGGGGUGCACGUUCGUCGUCAUCGUCGGCGCGGAGGCGACGCCGAUAUGGAUGGCCACCUCGCGUACGUACGGCGGCCUGGGGUUCACCUCGGUGGACAUCGGCGCCUUUGGCAGCGUGAUGGGGGUCACGAUCCUGGUGUUUGCCGCCACGCUUUUCGCGUUUUUGGCCGACAGGUUCGGGGUGACCAGGUCGGUCAUGUGGGCGUGUGCCGCUAACGGGUUCAUAUUCGCCGCGCACCCGCUGGCGUACUUCGCGCAGGAGCGCUCUCACGCGCUCACGUGGUUCCUCGUGUCCGUAUUCGCGGUGGGGCGCGGGUGCAUGGGGCCGGUUGUGAUGGGAGGCGUGAGCCUCAUCUUGAACAACUCAGCCCCGCGGAGGCAGCUCGGUAAGGUGAACGGGUUCGCCGGGACGUUCUCGAACCUCGCGAGGGCGGGCGCGCCCAUCGUCGGCGGCGCGCUGAUCGCCGGUAUGGUGCACGCGACGAGGGAGACGGUCCACAAGGAGGACGACGGGGGUGUCGAAUUUGACAUUGCCAGGACGUUGCCGCCGACAUGGUGGCCGUUUGUCGUCAUCGCCGCGGGGUUCUUCGUGCUGGCGUGGCAGACGAGCUCGCUGCCGAGGUCCCUGGACAGCCCCCGCACGAGCUGA